CAUCAAUCUCUCACACGUUUCCUUUUCAACCACCACGCAUCUCUUGCUGGUGUAGUCUGCAGAGACUUGAUACCGUGCUAGCCAGCGCUGCACGUAAACUAACACAUACACACAGAAGACAUGGUAAGUUGAGAUACCAUCGCGAUGGGGAAAAAGAAGAAGGUUAUCAUCGCGACCAAGGCCGUGAAAAGCAUUUCCAAGAAAGGAGGACGGCCUACCAAGGAAGAGCGUCGCGCCCACAAGCUGGAGCGUCGCAAGAAAGAGAAGAAGAAUUAUACUGCAGAUGACUGGGCUGCCCCAGCUCCGUCGCACUUGGUGGCUAAACUUGACCUACCCAAGGUCAAGUCUAAAUAUCAGUCAUACUUUGAAUUUGCCGACAACCCCGAAAAGAAGGAGAAGAGACUCGAGUUUACAGUUACCGAUGAUGCUAGGCCGCCGCCCGGCUUCGUAUUUAUUCCUAUCGGAGACCCAAUCCUGACCAACAAAUGCAAAGAGCUUUCGCGAGAAAGAGAUGCCAUGAUAUUCAUCGUUUCGACAUGGAAGGAAGAAAACUCGAAAAUUUCCGAACACGUACAUCGAACUGGAUACCAUUUCCGAGAAACGAUAGUCGAAGAAGCUCGUGAGAUAAUCGGCGAAACGGUGAUUUCAAAGCCGACCACAACUCCAGGAUUCAUAGAACCAAUCCCCGAAUCACAGGAUGAAAUCAAUAAGCAGGCAGAUGGAGCGAUACGCGACCUCUUCCCUCGAAUACCAAACACAGACCGAACGAUGAUCAUCGAACACGCCUUCAAGAAGGGUGCUAUGUUUCAUGGUGAGCCAACUGUUGGGUUGCAAUCUAACAUUCCAUUGUCUCGUCGAGUUCAAUUGGCUGUUCUUGCUCAUAUCAGACAUACGCAUACGAGGUACGACAAACUUUUGCGGGAAACUUCGUGGAUGAAUGCGCGAAAAGCAGUAGAACCUGUCUGUUUAGACGUACUUGUCAAAUGGCGCGGCGACGAAGAAACUGGCCGAGACCAGAUGGACGAAAUUCUUCGCGAGGUCGUCAUUAUCACCGACUCCGAGGGAGAGGAUGAGGAUGAGAGUGACAGUUCCGACGAUGAUAGUUCUGAUGAGGAAGGUGAAGUCACCUCUGCAAGCUCUACAGAAGCCCCAUCGUUGCCAGUCUCGCGCAAUCAACAAAGAUCCUUGCCGCCAAACGUGCAACAUAUGCCAACAGCUGGCCCUAGUACAAGCCAAGUGCCUUUGCGUAAAGACGGAGCAAUUUCAUCUCGUACCAGGUCAAAAGCGGAUCCAAAUGCCCAAAAGGACAAGAAAGCACAACGCGGUUUCAAGCGAUAUCAAGCAGCUUGGGAUGACGCUAUACACAGGCGUCAGGAAAGACCAAUCUCAAGACCAAAUCUUGCCAGCACUACUUUCGAAGAGCCCAACAUCAGACGGUCUCAGAAUGCUCUCGCUUCCCCAGUCCAUACCCUUUCUCAGCAACCACCUCACCAAUAUGUUGCUACACGUCAGCCAAACCUCACUCAUCAGUACCGCAGAGAAGACUCUGUACACUAUGUACAGCCGAGAAAUACUGUACGACCCGCACCUUACUACUCACAACAGGGACCGAUCCAAGGACCAUCAUUUCCCAGAGAUGAGGUAAUCGUAAGAUCCCAUACUGAUCGUCCUAUAUAUUACGAAGAAGUCCUUCCUCGAGUUGGGACUCCUUCCCGUUUUAUCAGGGAGCAAAGACCAUCACAAGUUGUGAGAGGUUCUCCACUAAAGCGUGGACCUGAAGAUAUGCCUUUGCCAUCUAUUGAAACAGCUUCAAGCGAUAUCCCCACGCCUCACAAAGAGUCGCAGGAUUUCUAUCCUCGUCGAGCGGUAGAGCAACGCUUGCAGUCACCUGCAGCUCGCCAAGUGAUUGUCAUCAAUGAUGAUAGUCCGCCGGUAAAGCGUCGUCGUAUGGUGUACGAAGAUGAUUCUGGUUCCUUCAGACCUGUUCCAUCUCGUGAUCAUGGUCUUCAUGUUUCAGCUCCGCAUUCUGCUUCUCAUUUGAUCUCGGCCCCGUCUGAUCAGUCAGAGGAUUUCCUAGUGCGGCGUCCUGCAGCCUCAAGUUAUUCUACCCAAGGUUUGGUGAGGAGAGAACCAGAGUUCUACACAGAUCCAGUCACUGCAGAGCGACUUCCAAUCUAUGACGCACCAGCACCCGUGUACAUGGGUUCGCGCCCUGAAUAUACCAGAAGAAUGGAAGCAGACCCUAUACCUGGACGCAGAGUAGAAGAUCGUAGUGAGCGGCCUACAGGAUCCCAAGCAUAUCGUGACAAUAUUGUUGAUGGUCCCUUCACUCGAAUUCCGACCAGCAUGCGAAGUGGGGGUGAAGGAUUUCAAGAGGCGGAACGUGAUCACUCCCGACAAGUUCAAUCUGGUUACAAUUAUGGUGCUCAAGCUGUGAGGCCUAUGUCGCCAGAGUAUCGUGUUUCCCAACAAUCUCGUUCUCUUAAUCAGGCUCAUGGCUCAAAUGUUCCUGAUCAGAACUUCAUUCAUAGCUUCUCUCAAUCUCGUCUUGAUGGUCAGUCGUCUCAGGCAAGGGAUGGUUUCACUAUUAUCUCUGAAAGGCCUUAUCAAAAUGGUGUUGAUCAUGGGAAUCAUACGCGGUACGAGCAAAAUUCAGCUAGGUCAGUCAUGCCAGGCACAGCACCUCGAGUACUUUCGCCUGUUCGAUAUAUCGAAAGACCUAUGUAAGUAUCUUUCAGUUCUUUGAGGGGGAUUGGAUCACUGAUAUUAAUGCGCGUUCCCAGUCAAUAUAGGGAGGAACAAACACGACAGCCAAUAUACGCCCAGGGUUACAGGGCUCCGGCACGUGAACCUACGAGGAUAGUUCGGAAUCAAU